GUUUUUUAAUCAAACAUGUUUUGUUCCCAAUGUCGUCUUUUUGUGAAACGACUUUUUCGUCGUAUCCAAACAAAUUGUCGGUGCGUCUGAAAAAGAUAUAGUGACCAUAAAAUCAUCAAGCUCCUACUUCAUGGAACAACCCAAUCGUAACAAGUUUUAAAAUAGAAUACACAUAAAGGAACGAAAUGUAAGAAUGGUCGGCAUGUUUGCGUUGCGUUGGGUUGUUUCGUCGCUUACAGAGAGGAUUCCAUCCACUCGAUCCAUUGGUUCAUGUUGGUGCCCUUUAGAGCACUUCCUGAAAGAAACUCUAGCUGGAUGUCUUCAAGUUGAGGACGAAGCUCAUCCCAGUCAACAUCUUGUGUCACGAUGGAGUCAAGUUGAGAUUCCUUUUCUUCAAAAAUGUUGUUUAAUUCCUUCUUCACAGCCGUUUCGAUUUGCUUUGCUGGUUGAGCUGUAAACAAAUCAAAUUUGUUGCAUGCUACGAGAACUUUUGAUAUUUUGUGCUUUCUGCACUUUAGCAGCAAGUCGAAUAAAGCGAGCCCGACUUCAUGCAAAUCUCGGUCCAAGGUUGCGCUGUUCAAAACGAAAACUAUUUGCCGUACAUCGUAGCUUUCAUUCAACUUCUUUUCCGUCCAAUGCUUUGUUCUGGCAUGUCCGGGUAGAUCUACAAGGACGAUAUCUUCUUUCCAUAAAGCCUCGUUCGGUUCUAUACUGGGAACGGUAGACACACCUUUUUCAUAAACAAGCUAAAAAAUACGUUAAUUUAAUGAAUCCUGUGUUUUCUAUCUCACCUGGCAAAACAAGGUCGUUUUUCCAGACUCACUAGGUCCCACCAAAAAUAUGGCCGGUGCUUUUCUUUGAAUGGUUUUUUUUGACACAAAGAAAAGGGAAAAUAUAAUUAAUGCAGCUAAGGGAAUCGUAGCAAGCGCAAUGACUAUGGCCGACCAAUUUUCCAGCAUCUUGAAUAUGGUCAGUUGGUGUUUGCAAGUAAUCCUAUGUACGGAAAUUUCUUCCUAUCAAUGUGGACUUCUGAUCGAGAAUAAAAGGAACAAAUGCUUUUUUAUAUAUAUUACAGGCUUACUCUUCUUUUGAUAUGUUCGGAAAAGUGCCUACCUUCUCGCCAUGUUUGAAUGGUUCGUCUCUCUUGUUGACUUGAGGUUUGAAUACUACGAAUGAAGGAUGUAGUUGGAAAAAUAUUGAAUCAAUCUUCAAGAACAUAUAAAUUUCAUUUACAGUUUUCUUUUCUUUAUUUACACGCUUGCGUCCUUGACCAUUCAUGUCAAAAUGGAAUGGAUAGCAAGCAGUUGUGAUGAAUUCAUGGUAUUAAAUUUUAAACAAAAACAUGAUAAAAAGAGUCUUAUUUACUUUCUUCUAUCUUUCGAUGAAAAAAGCGUACUUGGUGAUUUGUUUGUAUUUUACCCCAGUGGUGAAAAAAGCUACCAACAACAUAAUAGAAUUGCUUUUGUUUACGAGCCGUUGAGGAAACUGACGGAAAUUUUGUUCUUGUAACUUUAUUAGAAAAAUUAUGCCUUUACCAGUUUUACGUGUCAAAAGAAAAGCAGUUGAUGAUCCUGUGAAUGCUCUAUAUUUAGAGCUUGGAAAUGAAAUUGGAGAACGAACAAUUGCUAAAAAAAGGAAACCUUCCAGUCGGUAUUUUUUUAGACUUUCUCAAACCCUGAAGAACGAUACCCAUUAUGUGCCAAAACUAAACAACGUUCAUGUACCGCCUACAACAAAUCUUCAAGAACCAGAGAACGUUAGCAGCAAAUAUCCUUUACCAAAGGAGAACUCUUAUGGCAUCCCCAUCGUUCAACCUUCCGAACCUGCAAUUCCAAAAGUUCAUUCACAUAUGGAUUUGGAUAUAAAGAAAACAGUACCAUUUGCACCUCCUACUUUGGAUUCUCCAAGAUUUGCAAUCCAAAAUUUGCCAUCUGCAAAGGAUGAGAAAGUUUUUGACGCUAUUCGUCUUCAGAAAAGUCAAGGAAUGUAUCACACUCAUCCUCAAUUGGAUUCUAUGAUUCAUGAGUACCUUUCAAAUGGUGACUUGCCUCUUCAGCAAGCCAACGAAGAAUAUGUAUAUGACAUUUAUGAAGCAUCAGUCCAAGAGCCAUCCAAACCUCCAACUGGAUAUGGUGUUAUCGACGCUCUUAGCGUACCUGACGCAUUCCGUGAAUCACUUGAAAAUGAACUUGUAUCGGAAAAGCAAGAUGGAGAAGAUGAGGAUCCCUUGCGCGAUGAGAUUGACGAGGAUUCAAAUGCAGAAAGUUUCUAUCAAAACAGUUAUCCUGAUGAAGAUGAAUGGGGAGGAUCUAGUGGAGGAAGUCUUCAAGAUGAAUUUGCAUCUGAUGAAAAUUACGGCGAUGACUUAUAUGGAUAAGCAAUACGACAAUGAAUUCAAUACAUCGUGGUUACAUGGGGAAUUAAUACUUUUGACGUUUUUGCCUUUCUUUAUAAAUGUUACUUUGUAAUUUUUGUAUGUUUAUUAGUUUUGUAUUUGUUUUUGUGUUUCUUGUACAUUACUUAUUUCCAUCUAUUUUUUGGUGCAUACGUGAUUCGCUAAAGAUAACUUUAAAGGAACUUAUGAUGUCUUCUGUGACUUGCAAAAUCUAUCUCAUUCUGACUAGAGAAAUUCCUAGAAAUUUAU